AUGUAUCACAGGUUGCUUUUCGCUUUGCUACUGCUUGCCGGCAGCGGUGGCAUUUACACGACACUUGCCAACACCUUUCAAGUGAUCUCCAGUCGGCUGGAAACGAUCGACGUCACCGACUACUGUGAUGGGUUAACGGCGGAGCUACACGAACCGGGUACGUCGGUUAUUGUGCUGCAAAUCGGACGUUCGAACCGUGCGAUUCAGAUUGUGCCGAGUGAACCGAAGCCACCAUUGUAUUGUGACCUCGAUCAACUAGAGCAGAUGAUCCUUGACAAUGAGGUCGUCGUGAAAAGCCACCGUACGGUGGAGUACGUUACGUUGAUCACCCCCGAUGGCGAGUUCCUGCUGACCCUGGAGCGAACUGAUGAGAAGCAUGUGUUGGAGUUCGAAUCGAAGGUCGGUGGGUUGACAGAUAAAGAGAAACUCCUGCUUUCGCUUCUCGGUGGAGGUAGUGGAACUCGAGUGAAGAGCUUUGCGCCGGUGAAAAAUACCUAACCCUAUUUGCACGUCGAAGAUUGCCCGUCAAGAUCCACGGCCGAGGAGGACGGCCGAGAAUCGGGGGACCUAACCGAGGCCUAAUCUUCAUCUAAUCCCGUCCGUUCGCGCCCAAAACCCCCCCACCGAAAGACAAACAAAUCCAAUUAUAAUUUAUUACAACGAACGAUAACAUAUAGACCGUACACUUCCGGUUGGUGAAGC